GUCGCCGCGUUAGUCGGUGUCCGCAGAAACAAGGAGUCCUGUGGCACCUUAACAACUAACAGGCUUACUUGGGCAUUGGACAAACUGGGGGGUUUGCCCGCAAAAGCUUAUGCCCAAAUAAAUGUUCGUCUUUCCGGUGUCUCAGGAUUCCUCUUGUGUCCAUGGAUCAGAUCCCUGUCAGACUUUCAGUUGAGUCCCCCCUUUUUUUAUUCCAGAAAAUUACUUUUCCCCUGUACAAAACAAACUGGUCUUCGAGUUUCUAAGAAAAAGAAAUGCUGUCAAGAGCUGCAAGCAGGAGAGGGGAACCUAGCGCAAAUGUCUUUUUUGGUUCCAUUCUCAGUUUGCUGUGUAGUUUGGGGGAGGGGAAGCACUGCAGAUGAGAGAAAUUCAGGUUUACUUUGAAAAGUGUUUUAUUUAAUGUCUCUCUUAUUUUAUUUUGGAUAGUUACCUUACUGUUCCCAAAUUGCAAAUGAUUGUGUAGUAGAAAGAAAAGAAAUUGAGAACUAUAGUAAUGAGGUAAAGACUUUAUCAGAUAACAGUAGAUACUGGAGAUAUUUUCAUUAUUAAAACUUGGUAUCUAUGUGUACUAGUGUGACUGCCCAUACAAAACUUUCCUUGUGAGCCACCUUUUGGAAAGGGUUUUGCUUUAUUUUAUGCUCCUCUUUCACCUGUUAUGGGUAGGUAGAAGUUACAAACUCUUUGAAACAUAAUAUGUAUGCAAGGCAAUGUAUAUGAUUACAAGACAAACAUGUGUUUUUAAAAAGUCAUAUACUCAGUGGGUUUACUAGUUUGUCUGAGCUGCAAGUUUAUGAAAAAAUAGCUCUGAUUACUCAAACUGAACGUCUCAUUUCACAGCUGUUAAGAUGCUGAUCAAACAGAGUUUAUCGCUGUGUACACGAACAGACUUUUGCGUAGCUGGACAGACCGGAUUAUGAUAAAUCUUCAUUGAUCUAAAAACAUUUCAAGUAAACAUUGUGGGAUGAUUCACGUAGACAGCUGCAGCAGCAGAAAUUGAAAUUUUUAUUUUUUGGGGUGCUUUCAAUAUACAGGACAGAAAUGUUGUAAGCUUUCUAUUGGUUAAAUAUUCUUUUAUUCCCUUCUACUCCCUUUUCUCAUUAGUUACCCUGUGAAAUUUUCUUGUUGUCAUAAACUGUUGGCAUCAAUAAGAUUUAUCUAAUGUCUGUAUUCUUGUCUGCUGCCAUUGGUCAAAAUUCUUUUCCUAGUUCUAUGGAAGUUUCCUUAGGAAUAAACUGAUACUCAGUGACGAAAAUGCUGCUGAAUCUCAUGAGAGAAGCGUGAGGUGGCUCACAGACACAAACUACAUGAGCAUCACAAUGCCCACAUUCUGCCUUGUAAGAGCCCUGGUUCUGCCCACGAAGGCCAUGGAGAAGAGGCUGGAAGCGAAGUUCAGCAUUAGCUUCUGGAUUUUAUCAGGACAUUGCCUGGGAAGUCUGCACCUGUUCUAUACAUGUGCCUGCCUCUGUGCCCUCUCUUCAUCUACAGAUGUAAAUUGGAAGAGAGCUGUGUGCCUGCCAGAGAAGAUCCUGUUUGGUGGCCAUUUGAGAUCAUGGGAAGAUCACCAGUUACAUCUUCUGGAGGGAUUUCACACUGUCCAGUCAUGCUGGGUUGCAUGCUGCCAGAGCCCCAGCUGUGAUGCCUUCUGGCUGUUGGAAAAGAUGUGUAUCCAGGUGAACUGCAUGAUUCCCUAUAGUUGUCAGGCAAACAGGACCAAUUCCUCAGAUUCCAUUUUGGUGUUUCUAAAGAAAUUGAAAACUACAAAGCACUCCUUAAGCUUUCGACCUGAUGGCAAGGUGGGGACUCUGCUAUACAAGUUGUUGGACCGGCACACACCAGCCCAAGCCAAAAAGAGACUGCGAAGGUCCUUUCCGGAGCUGCUGAAAAGGGACGUAGCAGGUAUCCCCACCAAUGGGAAUGCUGAAAAUCCACCAGCCAGGACCUUGGACAGCGAAUCCAAGAGCAGCUUGAGUAAAAUUGGCCUAAAGGAUAACCAGGAAACUAAGCCUUCAUUGAGCAAGGUACAUGUUCCCAAUAACCAUACAGCUCUAGAGAGAACUUCACAGCAAAAUGGAGAGGACUCAAAAGAGCAGAAAAACAAAAGCCCUGCCUCUCCUGAGAGCAAUAGUGUGAAUGCACUGAGUGAUCCAAGUGGUAGUGGCUCUUUGUGGGCUCAUGCAGGGACAUCCACCUCAGAACUCCCUGUGUUGGCAACCUUUUCCAGCCCCAUCGCACUGGGCUUGACUGCCACUGGCAAGGCUGAGAAACCCAAGCAGUCAAACAACACUUCCGUCCAGCCUCACUCCUUAGAAGAGAUUCUCCCUACAAUCAGCACUCUGCAGGAGAAAAGCAUGGUGAAGAUGCAGACUGUUACCAUUGUGCCCACCGGUGUCCCCACCAACAAUAAUGUUACCACAGUCCGGGCUAUCCCUGCCACUUCAUCAAGCACCCCAGUACCAGUGCCAGUUAUGAAGGAGCUGGUAGUUUCUGCAGGAAACAACGUCGAAGUGACCUUGCCAAAGAAUGAAGUUCAGUUAAAUGCAUUUGUCCUUCCUGAACCUCCAAUGGGAACCAGCUACACCUAUGACUGGGGGCUGAUUACUCAUCCAAAAGACUACAGUGGAGAGAUGGAAGGCAAACACACCCAGACCCUCAAGUUAUCUAAGCUCACCGUUGGUCUGUAUGAAUUCAAAGUGAUAGUUGAUGGGGAAAAUGCACACGGGGAAGGUUACGUGAAUGUGACAGUUAACCCAAAACCUCGUGUGAAUCAGCCUCCUGUGGCUGUUGUGUCACCACAGUCCCAAGAGAUUUCACUGCCAACCACCUCUACUGUCAUCGAUGGCAGCCAAAGCACUGAUGAUGAUAGAAUUGUCAGUUUCCACUGGGAAGAAUUGAAGGGACCACUACGGGAGGAGAAGGUAUCCACUGAUACUGCCAUAUUAAAACUGACCAACUUGGUACCUGGGAAUUACACAUUCAGCCUAACGGUAGUGGAUUCAGAUGGUGCCAGCAACUCUACCACUGCAAGCUUGACUGUGAAUAAAGCUGUGGAUUAUCCUCCAGUGGCGAAUGCAGGUCCAAACCAAGUGAUAACGCUUCCCCAAAACUCGAUCACCUUGUAUGGGAACCAGAGCACUGAUGAUCAUAGCAUUGUCAGCUACGAAUGGUUACUCAGUCCCAGUAGCAAAGGAAAGGUGAUGGAGAUGCAAGGUGUGAGGACACCAAUUUUACAGCUCUCUGCAAUGCAAGAAGGUGAUUACACCUACCAGCUAACGGUGACUGAUUCAGCAGGUCACCAGUCCACCGCUGAAGUCACUGUAAUAGUGCAGCCUGAGAACAAUAAGCCCCCCAAAGCAGAUGCUGGUCCAGAUAAAGAACUGACGCUCCCUGUUGACAGCACCACUCUAGAUGGCAGCAAGAGCUCAGACGACCAGAAGAUAGUUUCUUUCCUCUGGGAAAAAACAAGGGGACCAGAUGGUGUAAAACUAGAGAAUGCCAACAGCAGCAUUGCUACCGUAACUGGGCUUCAGGAUGGAACAUAUGAAUUCACACUGACUGUCAAAGAUGAAAGGAACUUGCAAAGCCAGAGCUCAGUUAAUGUCAUUGUCAAAGAAGAGAUAAACAAGCCACCAAUAGCGAAGAUUGCUGGGAAUGUGGUCAUCACCCUGCCUACAAACACAGCAGCCCUGGAUGGAUCCAAAUCCUGGGAUGAUAAGGGAAUUGUCAGCUACCUGUGGACUCGGGAUGAGGGGAGUCCAGCGGCGGGGGAGGUGUUAAAUAAUUCAGACCACCACCCCGUGCUUUUCCUCUCCAACCUGGUGGAAGGGACGUAUACGUUUCAUCUGAAAGUGAUGGAUGCCAAAGGAGAGAGUGAUGCAGAGAGGACCACAGUGGAAGUCAAAGCUGAUCCAAGGAAAAACAAUCUUGUGGAGAUGAUACUGGAUGUUAACGUCAGCCAGCUGACAGAACGGCAGAAAGGCAUGUUAAUCCGUCAGAUAGGCGUUCUACUGGGAGUCCUGGAUUCGGACAUUACUGUUCAAAAGAUUCAGCCAUACACAGAGCAGAGCACAAAGAUGGUGUUCUUUGUGCAGAACCAGCCUCUCCAUCAGAUCUUCAAAGGGCACGAUGUGGCAUGGACGCUCAAAAGUGAACUCCGGAAACAGCAGUCUGACUUCCUCAUCUUCCGAGCACUAGAAAUUAAUACAGUCACCUGCCAGCUGAAUUGCUCCGAGCACGGGCGCUGCGACUCAUUCACCAAGCGCUGCAUCUGUGACCCUUUCUGGAUGGAGAACUUCAUCAAAGUGCAGAUGGGAGAUGGCGAGAGUAACUGUGAAUGGAGCGUGCUGUAUGUGAUCAUUGCGUCCUUUGUCAUUGUGGUUGCCUUUGGAAUCUUAUCCUGGACUGUGGUCUGCUGUUGUAAGAGGAGGAAAGGAAAACCCAAAAGAAAAAGCAAAUACAAGAUUUUGGAUGCCACCGAUCAAGAGAGUCUGGAGUUAAAACCAAACCUCAAAGCAGGCAGCAGACAGAAAGCUCAGGUCCUUAACACCAGCCUGAUGCACUCUGAAUCUGAACUGGACAGCGACGAAGCCAUCUUCACGUGGCCAGACCGAGAGAAAGGGAAACUGCUCCGUAGUCAAAAUGGCUCCCUGCGCAACGGACAGGCACUGCCCAAACCGAAGAACCAGAGGGAAGAGAUCUUAUAGCCAAGCUCUAAGUCACUUUUAGGUAGGGGACAGAGCAAAAGCGGGGACCACUCCAGUCCCCGGUUCCAGGGAGCCUUUGGAGACCAGCUGGAUCGUGUUAGGAGAAAGCUGCUAACUUAUUUCCCGGAAACGACUUUUGUUUUUGUGGGUUUCUUUUUAUGUGACUAGAACUGGUUGUACUUGAAUCCUGACUUCAAGGGAAAUUAAAGGGAGGAAAAGGAAACUGUGAAAUGCAGACUACCUGGCCUCUGGAAUGCAACAGGAUAGAGCCACUUCCUGCAGCUGUGAAUGCACAGACCCACCUACUAGGACUGCCAUGGAGGUGAAAUUCCCAUGGACCUUCAGUUUACUCCCCACUGGAGGUUUCUUCUCUCUGAAGGAGGGUCUGGCUCGUGCAUGUAAGAGCCGUGCUUUGGGCUCCCAUCGCACCACUGUAGCCUCCACUAGUGAUGGCACACUAACUGACUUUUUAAAAACGAGAAAGCACCUAGCUCAUGUGCUACUUCAGCCACAGAAAAAGCUUUUUAGUUUUUCCCGUCUCUCCCCUCCCCCUCCACUGAUCAAGCCCCAGUUCUACUAAAAAUUAACCUUGUGUUUUCACCCCAGCUAACCAUGCGGGGUGUGGGGCAUUUAAAGUACCAUGCUCACACAAAAGGGGCUGCAUCGGUUCACAGCUAAGGGGGUUGCAAUUAUGUUAAAUUAUUAGUCUUUUCACUGGGAAUGGAGAUGAAGUGGCACCUAAUCAGAUCCCGAAACUUUAGCUGGAAUGAACAGCCCAUCUCCAGAGUCUGUGCCGACCAGCUGGACUGGAUGUCCUCAUCCCGUCAGUGAGCCCUCCCCGGUUUGUUCCAGACCUUAGGGAUCCUUUGCUAAUGGGAAGGAGAGUGCCUGCCUUUCUGGGAUCUGCGACUAAUAGCUUAAUUCCAAGCCCUGAGAUACUUGUUCCCCUCGGCAGCACACCAUGUAGAUUCUUAUACGCGUCCACGUGUGCUCAGUAACACUAAAACAUCAGCACUUCCCACCCUACUGUAGAAUGUCGUGACACUGUCCUUUCUUCAAACACUUACACAUGUCAAAGACAAACCUGGGCGGAUACCUUCAUUCCCCUCCAGUUGGCACCUCGGUAGCCUUUUGUUGUGCUGUCAUUGAGUAGCCCGGGGUAUGUUCUUACUCUCAAAUUGUUUUGGCAGACAGCUGGCAUGCACACUUCACAUUCAUUAACUGACUGAAACUGGGGCCGUUCAAACCCUCUAGGCCCAAAUACCUGCCAAUGGCUCCCAGAGGCACGUCACAGUAUGGAGUGUAUCCUCUUGAGCAGCGGAGUUCUGAAUUACAUGCUCCUUUCAGUCUGUGAAAGCAUGGGGUUCAGUGAUUGUGUGUGACUCUCCCUUUCCAUUGCUACUUCUGUCUCUUAACAUGCUGCUUUCUUGAGCCAAACCUCCCCCCUUGGCACGUAUUUGCUCUUUUCAUUGGGGUGUCAGAUGCCUCUGCCCCUGUAGGAUGAGUGCUUAGUUUAUCGCCUUUCUUUAUGUUUACUUAAAACUGGAAACUUGUUUCAUUGGCUUCCCUUUUUUGGAUACUGAAAGACAAAAGGCUUUUAACUCUGACAUUGUAUUUAUAUUGCUGCACUACUGACUUGUGUUGAACCAGAUGAAGAUUAAAGACACUAUUUAAUUUGAGGGAGUGUUCCCCCAUUGAAUGUAGUCGUGGCUGCUGCUAAUUUUAUUUUUCUGUGCAAUCAGAUGUCUUCCUUAGGCACAAGUGUUGGAUUCGCUGUUUAUUUCUACUUAGCUAAUAGAUAAGCAUUUUGCCCAAUUGACUUAGGCCAACCAUAGUUCUUGACCUCACUUGAUUGUGCACCGUAGCACAGACUGUGCUUCUGCCAUACAGCCUGACUGUGUGCCUAUUCAUCUCUCCAUAGUCGUGGUGGUCUCAGCCUGGCCUGGCCUCUCCCUAGAUGAUGGCACCCCCAGUGUGCUGUCAUGAUCCCACAUCCGCUCCCGCCUUUCCCCCACCACACAGGGCGGUAGGUAACACCACAGUUCUCCAUUUCAGAUGAUGUAAGGGGAUUCAGUCAAGUUACAGAUCAUCCUUCUGUCAGAAAUGUGCUGCUGUUCUGAGUAGCGCUGAAAACGUUGGGCAGGGUGUCAUCCAUGAAACUCUUGAGGUAGGUAUCCCUUGAACCCUCUCCUCCCUUAGGCACUUGAAGCCUGGUACUUCCCUUUUGUCCUGGAGAGGUCCUCCCUGCAGGGAAUUCUCAGCCUAUUUGCAGCAGUAACACUUUGAGAUUCUUUUGCUGCAGACAUCAGUACUGCGUCUUUACACUGGCGCUCUGGCUUCCUGUGACGGAAGGAGAAAGCAUUAAACUCAGUCCAGCUAUUACUCAACAGCACCUUUCUUUAGCUGAGGGUUUUUUUCCUUCCUCCCAUUUCGCUGUGGGAACUGCCCACUUACACUGAAGUGCUUUAGUUGUCUGACAGCACCGCUGCAGAUGGAAUAGUUAUUGCCUGCCUGAUAAAGAGAAGACUUGCAUUUUGCAGAAGGCGAUGGGCCUUCUUCGGACUCCUUGCCAACCAGUUUUGGUAGGAGUGCUUCCUGUCCUUAGUCAUUUGUCAUCUCAAAAUGCAGGCUUAUGACUGUCAAUCACUAAUCUCAAAAGUUAAAUUUCCUUAUUGGCAUUAGUAUUCUUCUAUUGCGCAACAGUCUCCCUCUGCAUGAAACGCCCCUUCGGCCACCCCCCAAAAAACCCUGCUCUGCACUUCAAAUAUUAACCCUCCGUGCCUCUAAAUUGUUUCACCCUACCAGAAGAAGUAUGUAUAUACACAUGCCCUCAUUAUGUACUGAUAAGUGUGAGAAGCUUUUCAUAAAUUUGGAAUCUAGGAAAAUCUAAUGUUGAUCAAGGGACAGGGAGUCAGUGAAAAAUCCUGCAAGCAGCAGGUAGAAGCAUUACGCAUAUUGGUGAAAAAAUCUCUAUUCAGGUGGAAGAGGGAGGGAAAAGAUCGUUUACUUGGAAAAAGACGACAGCCCAUGUUAGAGAAGACCCUCCUCGGAUGCAGCAAUGUGUACAACAAAAACAUUAGUUUAAAAUCUUGUAACUCCCUUUCCUCCUACCCCUGGGUAUUAAUAUCAUUGCUCAUUUGUUACCUAAGUAACCUGAUCAGAGUUUGACCUUGCAAUAAGAACUCUUCUGCAUGGCUGUGCAUUAUAAUUCCACAAUUAGAGAUUCUAUGGCUACAAGUUACCCAUGUGUGGAAGUUAAGAGCUGAGACAUCUGUUAGAUGAACCAUCAGCCGAAUUUUAUUUUGUUUUCCUCAUUCUUCAGUGUAAAUGUACUUCAGACACACAUUUGUGUUGAGUCCAGAUGUUGGAUCAAAGGGCGCAAUUUCUUGCAAUGUCAAGAUCCCAGUUUAAAUAGUUUGUUCUUAAUUUUUCUGUACCUGGGGCCAGCCCAACCUGUCUGAACUUUAAUGAUGUUUGUUUGAUUGCAGUGUUACUUGGAUCAAGAUUAACGAAUGAUUGGGGGGAAAAAAAACCCACACAUUUCUUGCAAAUAAAAGGGGAAGUUAU